GGGAGGCAGGGGAAGAAGUUGGAUGUUAAGCAGUAAGGGCAAGGGAGGGGACGGGGCAGAAGGCGGUGGGAGGUAAGGGCAGAGGGGAAAAGGCCAUCUUGCUGCUUGGGCUCUGCUGGGCGGCACAGAGGAUGGCUGCAGGGGAGCCAAGCAAGAGUUACCCUGACACCUCACUCCAUUCUGCCUCCAGGACUAUCCAUGUUCAUUAAGGACCCAUCCACCCACAAUUGGAGCACUGGGCAAGGGGCUACGUUUUCUGAGAAAGCUCCCCAGGUGCAUAGGGCAAGCCCCCGCACCUAAUGCAAGGAGCAGUGGUGUAGGUCCUUUGGUCCAAUUCACAAAGGCAUUUUGCAAUAGUGCAAGCCUCCUGGCUGUGAGAGUGUCACUGCGCAGCAUGUAAAGAUGCAAGUUCCCAGAGUGCAAUUGUCAUUUCCAGGAGGCACCACUGUUCUAGUGGAGCUCACCCCAGAUAUCCACAUUUGUGGCAUUUGCAAGCAGCAGUUCAAUAACCUAGAUGCCUUUGUUGCUCACAAGCAAAGCGGCUGCCAGCUGAUCAGUGCAAAUGGAACCACUAGUACAGUCCAGUUUGUCUCUGAAGAAACUGUGCCAUCAACACAGACACAAACCACAACCAGAACAAUCACUUCAGAGACUCAGACCAUCACAGUUUCUGCUCCAGAGUUUGUUUUUGAGCAUGGCUACCAAACAUAUCUGCCCAGUGAGAGCCAUGAACCUCAGACUGCUGCUGUUGUCUCUCCAUCAUCAAAAACGCGUUCCAGAAAAUCCACUACUGCAGUUGUCCAGAAGAAAUUGAACUGCUGCUAUCCAGGUUGCCAAUUCAAGACAUCCUAUGGUAUGAAAGAUGUGGAACGUCAUUUAAGAACACACACAGGAGAUAAGCCCCAUAAAUGUGAGGUGUGUAGCAAGUGCUUCAGUCGCAAAGAUAAGCUGAAGAUGCACAUGCGUUCCCAUACUGGGGUGAAACCUUACAAGUGUAAACACUGUGACUAUGCAGCUGCCGACAACAGCAGUCUCAACAAGCACCAGCGCAUCCACUCAAAUGAGCGUCCUUUUAAAUGCCAGAUCUGUCCUUAUGCGAGCCGCAACUCUAGCCAGCUUACUGUCCAUCUCAGAUCCCAUACUGGCUUGAAACUAAGAUGCAUUGCAAACAAAGAGGGGAGUUCUUCCAGAGAUGCUCCGUUUCAGUGUCGGAUGUGUAGUGCUAAAUUUAAAAUCAACUCGGACUUGAAGAGGCACAUGCGUGUGCACUCUGGAGAGAAGCCUUACAAAUGUGAGUUCUGUGACGUCCGCUGUGCCAUGAAAGGGAACCUAAAAUCGCACAUCCGUAUCAAGCACAGCAUGGAGAACACACUCAAGUGUCCAGAGUGCGAGUUCCAGUGCGGAAACAAAACAACCCUUCGGCAUCACUUAAGAACCCAUCAGCCUGAGCAGCCAGUGAAGUGCUCAAAAUGCAACUACUCUUGCUCUAACAAGGCGGCUCUCAAGGUGCACGAGAGAAUUCACUGCGAUGAUCGCCCUUUCAAAUGUGACUUUUGUAGCUUUGAUACCAAGCAGCGGAGCAAUCUGACCACGCACGUGAAGAAAGCCCAUGGAGACAAAGUCAAGAUCAAAAAGCAAACUACUGAGAAGAAAGAGGGAGAUAAGUUAAAGCAGGGCAGCUCCAGGCAAGUAGCCAAAUUGGAUGCCAAGAAAGCAUUUAAAUGUGGCCUGUGUGAGGCUUCCUUUGUCCGAGAAGAUUCUCUUAGGAGCCAUAAGAAACAGCACAGAGAGUAUAAUGGGACCAAAAGUACUGAACUGGCUGUAUUGCAGCUGCACAUGGACCCCAGUAGGCAGACCAGUGCCCCGAUCACUGUAAGUCACCUUCAAGUCCCAAUUCAAGCCACUCAGGUUUCUCCUUACAAUGAAGGAAGGGUCAAGAUCAUUGCUGGCCAUCAAGUGCCUCAAGCUAAUGGAACAGUUCAGGCUGCUUCAGUGAAUGUUAUGCCUCGCACAUUAGUUGACCAGAAUCAGGAAGACCUAUCUGCGAGUAGCCAGUUGCAAAUACUGCGCCAAGUCAGUCUGCUGGCACCGCCUCAUCCCCCUGUUUCUCAAAGCGAAGCUGUGUCAGUGGGGCAGCCGGCAGUUCUUCUCACUGCCCAGGACCAAAGUAACAGCAGUGCACUCCACCAGACUUUGAUUUCUGCUGCUUCAGUCAGUAGUCACAGGGCUUCAGCAAGCCAGACUUUCAUCAAUGAUUCUGGAAUCAGCUGCUCUGACUUGGAAGGGCUCAAUGCUUUGAUUCAAGAAGGGGCAACGGAAGUGUCUGUGGUUAGUGAUGAAGGUCAGAGUGUCUCUGUGUCCACUUCAGCUCCCCCUCCUCCCAUCUUUUCCUCAUCCUCUCACACACAAGCACCUAAGCAGACCUACUCCAUCAUUCAAAGUCAAGCCCAUACAGCGUCGCUGUGUCCUGCAGACUCCAUACCGGAUUAGUUUUAAAAAACUAGCGCAAAUUCCACCCUGGAUUGCUUUGUGAAGCCUUGGAGUCAGUGAGAUUUUCAUGACACUUAGUGAGGGCCAGUUUUUCAGGAGUCCUGAGAUUGGCCUCUAAAGUUCCAUUUGCACCAUUUUGCACAUGUAGUCAUAUGUUGCAUUCUCACAUACACAUACAGUGACUUGCACGUGAGGCUGUGCACAAUUACAUGUAUUGGAAACUAGAGGCUUCAGUCUUUGAAAAAUGUGAACCUGAAUAUCAAAGCAACUGUUUAAAAUUUCACAUUCAAAAAAACUUCUCAGAACAGGAUUUACUUUGUGCAGCAAAUGUCUUAUUUAAACAAAAUAGCUUUUUUUUAUCAGAUGCAAAAGAACAUCUCGCCUUAAGAUACCAUCCCCUGUGAAAAGUUUGAGGGCAGGUCUAUACUAUGGGGGAAAGUCGAUCUAAGCUAUGCAAUUUGAGUUAUGUUAGUAGCGUAACUCAAGUCGCCGUAGCUUAGAUCAACUUUCAUAGGGUGGGGGUCCAUACUACGCUAUUUCAACAGGAGAUGCUCUCCUGUUGACUUCCCCUACUCUUUUCCAUUUGGUGCAGUACUGGAGUCGACAGGAGAGCAAUCUGCGGUCAAUUUAGCUGGUCUUCACGAGACCUGCUAAAUUGACACCCGGUGUAUCGAUUGUCAUAGUGUGGAUCCACUGGUAAGUGGAGACAAGCCCUGAGUAAGGUGGCUUUGUACAAUGAACCAAAAUAGUUGUUCGGAGACCCAUUAACACCUAGCCAGCCUGUCCCAAACCUCCUCUCGCAGGUUACUAUAGGACCUACCCUGUAGCUGUGCUCUACUGCAUAUAAGCCCUGAUCGGGCAAAGUAUUUAAACAUAUGAGUAGCCCCAUUGUUUUAAGUGGAACUACUCUCAUGCUUAAAAUAGAACAUGUGCUUAGGUGCUUUGCUGGAUUGGGGCUGUAAUGGGAGCACCCUCUGUGGUUAAUCCGUCUGUUGCUAACAUAGUACAGCAGUGGUUCUACUUUUUGGACUUUGUACAUGGUACCAAUAAUUUCCCCAAAACAAACAUAUUUUUAUUACUUGUUAGACAAUUCAAACUGCUGGACAUAAUUCUAAUAGAAUUUCAUAUUAUCUAGGUGCUACUAUUUAGAAGAUAAAAAAUUAACAGUAUAUUAAACAACAUUAAGAAUUAAGGGCCCCAGUCCUUCAAAUACUUAUGGAUUUGCUUAACUUCACUUGAAUAGUCCCACUGAAGUGUUUGCAGGAUUGAGGUCUAAAUUUGUAAAUGUUGAUUUUUUUUUUUUUCAUUUAGAUUCAGAACUAGACUAAUCAGGAUGAAUUGGAGCCAGAUUUUCAAAAGUGCUCAGCACACAGCAGCUCCUAAUGUGACAGUUCUCACCAGACUUUUCCAAAAUGCUCAGAGCCCUUCUGGCUGAGUUUUU